GUGUACUUUGCCUUGCCUUCUCUUGAAGCACGCAGGAAGACUGCUUCAUGUUUUGAAAGGGCAGGAGGAGGCAGGAGAGCCUGUUGACCAAGGAGAGGGUGGCAGAGGUGGGAGGAGGCCAUGACUGGCAGGAGAAGGGAACCAAAUGGGCCAGAGGGUGAACCCCCCCCCCACGCUGAUGCCGUUUCUCUUCUUGUCUCCUCAUUUCCCCCCCAACAGCAAAUGUGACUCUGGAUCCAGACACGGCCUAUCCCGAACUCAUCCUGUCUGAGGGUCAGAAAAGCAUGAGACCAGGAGAAAAAGCUCAAGCCCUGCCCGACAAUCCUGAGAGAUUUGAAGAGUACUCUAUUGUGCUGGGCCGUGAGGGAUUCACAGCAGGCCGCCAUUUCUGGGAUGUCCUCAUGGGAAGUGAGGAAGACUGGGCUGUGGGAGUGGCCAGAAAGUCUGUGGGGAGGAAGGGAGGCUUUAUCUGGAGUCCUGAGGAAGGGAUCUGGGCUGUGGGGAAGUGGGGUGGUGGUUACUAUGCUGCCACAGAAGGCCCUGAUCCUCCCCUGACCCUGACCGGGGAGCUGAAGAGGAUCCGAGUGUGCCUGAACUACGCUGGGGGUCGAGUGGCCUUUUUUGACGCUGACCGAGCAGCUCUUCUCUACGAGUUCUCUGGAGCCUCCUUCCCGGGAGAGACCCUCCUGCCCUUCUUUUACGUGUAUAAAAAAGGCCACCUCAAAAUAUUUUCCUAAGACCUUUUCUUCACGCCAGGACCAUCAAUAAGAAAAUAUGAUUCCUCAAGAGUCCCCCUUUUUUUUUGAGUCCUGUAAAGGCCUCUCCUGUUUCCAGCCACCAAAACUGACUUGAGUAAAACUGAGACAUUUUUUC